CAGCACGCUCGUGCCUUGAUCCACCUCUUUGCACCAAAUGGGGACAAAUAUAAGACCACAGUUGCUCCAACAGCCGGAUUUUCACCAACUGCUGAUGCCGAGUAUUUAAAGAAGGCGAUGAAAGGACUUGGGACGAAUGAGAAAGCUAUCAUCAACAUUCUAGGCCGACGAACGACAUAUGAAAGGAUGGCGAUUCGAGAUGCCUAUCCUUCAAUCUCAAGCAAGACUCUAGAGAAGGCCCUGAAGAGCGAUCUCAGCUGGAAAUUUGAGGAUUUCUGUCUGAUGUUAAUCAAAUCUCCCGCUGAAAUAAUGGCGGAGGCUCUUUACGAGGCUAUGAAGGGUCCUGGUACCAAGGAACGUGUUCUCAAUGAAAUUUUAGGUGGAAUCUCGAAGAGCGAGAUUAACGACUUGAAAAAGGCCUAUGAAAAUGUAAGUGGUGGAAAAAGCCUUGAGGAUGCAAUAAGGGGGGACACCAGUGGUGACUACCGAGAAGCCCUUUUGUUGGUACUGGCCGGUCAAUCUGACGAGCCUGAUACUCACCAAUUGAAGAAGCUCAAUGCGGAAAAUGUGCAUGAACUCAUCAACGUCAGCUUGGCUGAAAGGGAUGCAAAAGAGAUUUACGAUUGUGGUGAAGGACGUUUGGGCACCAAAGAAAGUCGUUUUAUGCGGCCGAUCAUUAAUCGUUCCGUCUUUCAAUUAAACGCCACAAAUGAGGCUUAUAUAAGGAAAUACGGAAAGCCUUUGGUUGAGGCUAUUAAAAAGGAGACGUCGGGAGAUUUCGAAGAUUUUCUCCUCUUUAAAGUUCGAUAUGCCACCGAUCGGGCGGCUCUCUUUGCCGAACUGCUGAAUUUCUGCAUGAAAGGAAUCGGAACAAAGGACGUGACUUUGCAACGAACUCUUGCCUUGAGAGCCGAUACGGAUUUGGGUUCAAUCAGGGACAAGUACGCUGAACUUUAUGGAGAAAGUCUGGAAGAUGCUCUCAGAGGAGAUACCUCUGGAGACUACAAAUUGACCAAUCAUUGGGCUCUCCUAGUGGAGCUAAAGCUUACUCUAGGACAGCCAUUUCAUUUCGCUUGCCAAGUAGACAGAUAUAACGAGUUCCUUUCGGUUUGCAGGCAGUACGCUCGUCCUUUGAUUCAUCUCUUUGGACCAAACGGUGAAAAGUACAAAGCAACAAUUUCACCAACUCCUGGAUUUUCACCAACUGCUGAUGCUGAACAUUUGAAAGCGGCGAUGAGGGGAAUUGGGACGAAUGAGGAAGCUAUCAUCAACAUUCUAGGCCGACGAACGACAUAUGAAAGGCUGGCGAUUCGAGAUGCCUAUCCUUCAAUCUCAAGCAAGACCCUCGAUGAAGCAUUGAGAAGUGAGUUGAGCAGAAGCUUUGAGGAAUUUUGUCAACUGUUAAUUCAGUCACCCGCGCAAAUAAUGGCAGAGGCGCUGUAUAAGGCCAUGAAAGGCGCCGGUACCAAGGAACGAGUUCUCAACGAAAUUUUUGGUGGCAUCUCGAAGAGUGAAAUUGUCGACUUGAAGAGGGCUUUUGAAAACGUAAGUGGAGGAGAAACUCUUGAAGAUGCAAUAAGUGGAGAUACAAGUGGGGACUACAAAGAGGCUCUUCUAUUGAUUCUGGCUGCUCAAUCUGACGAACCACCGGCACAACAAUUAAAGAAUCUUUCACCGGCCAAUUUGCAUGAAUUUGUGAACAAGGGUUUGGCAGAACAAGAUGCUAAAGAGAUUUACGACAGUGGAGAAGGGUAUGCGAACCGAGUAGCAGCGGAUUGCAAAACUAAUAUGCCUUGGUUCAUUCCCAGUGACUUCUACGGAAAGAUCUCCUGGUAUGAUAAAGCUCCCGAAGUUACCCAAGCUGUCUCAGUGAUAUGGAGGAAACAGACACGGAUGGGUACCGCAGAAAACCGUUUCAUGCGACCAAUUCUCAAUCGCUCUUUCAUCCAACUAAACGCCACAAAUGAGGCUUAUAUGCAGAAGUAUGGAAAGCCUCUGGUUGAGGCCAUCAAGAAGGAGACUUCGAACGAUUUCGAAGAUCUGCUUGUCUUUAGAGUUCGAUAUGCAAUUGAACGAGCCGCUCUUCUUGCCGAACUCCUUCACUUUGCAAUGGCGGGGGCUGGAACCAAAGAUGCCACUUUACAACGCACGUUGGCCUUGAGAGCAGAUACCGAUCUAGGUGCUAUUAAGGAGAAGUACGCUGAGCUUUAUGGAGAAAGUCUGGAAGAUGCUAUUAAAGGGGAUACGUCUGGGGACUACGAAGCUCUCUGCUUGAAACUUAUUGGAGCUUAA